UCAGCCGGGGGGAGCAGGCAAUUCGCGUCCUCCUUAACCUCGCGACUCUCCCUCUCAUCAGCUUAAGUUCGGGCAAAACCCUAAUUCCCUUUCUCUGUCUCCGAGUUUUUAUUUCAUCAGCUGAAAUUCGGGUGAAACCCUAAUUCCUGCCGAAGUAUCCUCGCAGGUUCUUGUUGGUUGCAACCACUACAUUCAUUUUAGGCGUGAUCUCAUAAUGGCUACUCGAAUUCGGUUUGAGAACUCUUGUGAAGUUGGGGUAUUCUCAAAGUUGACAAAUGCAUACUGUUUGGUAGCGAUUGGUGGAUCUGAAAACUUCUAUAGUGUCUUUGAAGCCGAGUUGGCAGAUGUUAUCCCUGUCGUUAAAACCUCCAUAGCAGGCAGCAGGAUAAUUGGACGACUAUGUGCUGGAAACAAGAAUGGGCUUCUCUUGCCACACACUACGACUGAUCAAGAGCUCCAGCAUUUGAGGAACAGUUUGCCUGAUCAAGUGGUUGUUCAACGCAUUGAAGAGAGACUAUCUGCCUUGGGAAAUUGCAUAGCUUGCAAUGACCAUGUUGCACUUACACAUACUGAUCUGGAUAGGGAAACAGAGGAGCUGAUUGCAGAUGUUCUCGGAGUCGAAGUGUUCAGGCAGACAAUCGCCGGAAACAUUCUCGUGGGUAGUUUUUGUGCAUUCUCCAACAGGGGCGGCUUGGUCCAUCCGCAUACAUCCAUUGAAGACCUUGACGAACUGUCAACCCUCCUUCAAGUACCACUCGUGGCAGGUACCGUGAACAGGGGUUGUGAAGUCAUUGCUGCGGGGAUGACUGUUAAUGACUGGACAGCUUUCUGUGGGUCUGACACUACUGCGACAGAGCUCUCUGUUAUUGAGAGUGUCUUUAAAUUGAGGGAAGCUCAACCAGGUGCGAUCGUUGAUGAGAUGAGGAAGUCGUUGAUCGACAGCUAUGUUUGAGCCUCUUGUUCUGGCCCUUUGCAAGUGCACUCUAAGCACAUGGCAGAUGCUGUGAUACUUCGAACUUUGCUAGAUUCAUGGCAUGCAUUUUCAUGGAUCAACCUUAACAUAAAGGUUGUUUCAGACUGUAUUUCUAAUGGAAGGAAAAGAAAAGAAAGAGGGUCAUAUACAGAAGUGAUCGUGGACCAUUUCUAAGCAGGUGUGAUUGUGAUUGCCGAUGAGCAGGCAAUAAGAUGGUUGUGCAUGGUGCUAUACAAGUAACUGAAAUUAAAUCGUCAAAAUGGUGGACUAUUAUUUGGACGUCGUUUGUAUGCCGGUAAAGUCCUUUAAAGCGAUUACAGAUAUUCUGAUUACAAGGGCUGUUUGGAUGCAUGUAUUUGCCCGUAAAGGUUUUACAAGCUGUAAACAUAUUACGGACUCGU